AUGGCUGAUAACGGAGCCCCUGCCCCGGGCACUCAGCUGCCUCCCCCGCCCCAGGCCAAUGCUGGUGCGCCGGGCUUCGACAAUCCGCAGAACGGUCAAUCCGGUCCUAUGGCCCCUCCGCCUCUGCACAUUCCCCAGAACACCAACCCGAUUCCGACCGCCAUCACAUCGCCCAUGGGAGCUGGUGACCAGAGUGCCCUGAUGUCUCCAGGCGGCGGCUUCACCCGACGCACUGCGCCCGAGCCUAACAAGCGCGCGCUUUACGUUGGUGGCCUGGACGCUCGGGUCACCGAGGACGUGCUGCGUCAGAUCUUUGAGACAACCGGCCAUGUGCAGAACGUGAAGAUCAUCCCGGACAAGAACGCCAAGGGCUACAACUACGGUUUCGUUGAGUAUGACGAUCCCGGUGCGGCUGAUCGUGCCAUGCAGACUUUGAACGGCAGGAGGGUUCACCAGUCGGAAAUUCGAGUCAACUGGGCCUAUCAGGCCGCAACCAGCGCAAACAAGGAGGACACGUCCAAUCACUUCCACAUCUUCGUGGGUGAUCUCUCCAAUGAGGUCAAUGAUGAGGUUCUUACCCAGGCCUUCUCCGUCUUUGGCUCCGUGUCCGAGGCGCGUGUGAUGUGGGACAUGAAAACCGGCCGAUCCCGUGGUUAUGGCUUCGUUGCAUUCCGCGACCGCUCCGACGCCGAGAAGGCCCUGAGCUCCAUGGACGGCGAGUGGCUCGGCUCCCGCGCCAUCCGCUGCAACUGGGCAAACCAGAAGGGUCAACCGUCUAUCGCCCAGCAACAGGCCAUGUCGGCCGUGGGAAUGACCCCCACGACGCCGUUCGGUCACCAUCACUUCCCGACCCACGGAAUGCAGAGCUACGAGAUGGUGGUCAACCAGACACCCGCCUACCAGACCACCUGCUACGUCGGAAACCUCACCCCGUACACCACUGCCAACGACGUUGUUCCAUUGUUUCAGAAUUUUGGCUACGUGGUUGAGUCUCGAUUCCAAGCGGAUCGUGGUUUCGCGUUCAUCAAGAUGGACAGCCACGAGAACGCCGCUCAGGCCAUUUGCGGCCUCAACGGGUACAAUGUGAACGGACGACCUCUCAAGUGCAGCUGGGGUAAAGAUAAGAACUCGACCAACCCUCAGGGCAACUUCGACCCUUCGCAAGCCUUCAGCCCUCAGAGCGCCGGAGGGCCUGGCUUCCCUGGAACUCCCUCGACCUACUUCCCGCAGUACGGCGGCCAAUUCAGCGGCCCUCAGGGCAACUUUGGCCCCAACUCGGCGCAGUCUCCUGCAGGCUUCCAACAGCCCAUGCCAUUCAGCAACCCGCCCAGCGCAGGUGGCUACGGUCGCGGACAACAGGCACCGAAUGCUCAGUGGUCGUCACCGCAGGGCCAGCCACAGAACUUCAACAACAAUGGCUUCUCGGGGUACCAAGGCUGA